AUGAGGGCGAACCCCGGCCGCGGAGCCCACGGCAAGGACGCCUCGGGCGUCCACGAGCCCCGCCACUCCCGCAAUUCCGUCAGGUGCUGGCCGGCGGCGCGCUCGGGGAAGCCACAAAGCGGCCACUCGCCUGCAGCGUGGUGGGGCCGGCGACCUCCGGCAGGGCCUGCUCUGAGACGGGCGGGUACCGCGCUGGGCUGCCGCCGCGGCUCCGGGACCAGGGGCGGCGGCACUCACCCGGCGGCGCCUCCUCCGCUGGCCGCAGCAGCACAGCCGGCAGCCCCCGGCACCAUCUUCCGCCGCCGCCCUGUUACCGGCGGCGUCUACCGACCGCCCAUUCGGUGUCGCCAACCGACACAACCGCCGGCGCCCGGCUGCCGGACGCCCGCCGCGACCCUGAGCUCCAGGCACGCAGGCGUUGGGCGCGGGCGGCAGGCCCCUCGGCUCUGCGUCCGGGGCCGGGAGGCCGGAGCCGAGGUGGUCAGAGCCGAGGGGCCGGGGAAGGGACCCGAGAGCUCGGCAGGGCCUGGAUUCGGCCGCGGCGGGGUUUGUUAUUGUCGACUCGGGCUCUUCCUCCGCGGAGCAUGCCGGGAAACCAAACCUCUGCUCCGCGGAGCAGGCCGGGGGAGGGGCGCCCCGGGCCGCGCAGCGAGCGGUCUGCGCAGGACCGGAAGUCCCGUGGCAGCCCGGACUGGGGCGGCUCCUCCUGCUGGCCUCCGGCCGGGCUGGCUGCUGGGCUGUCCUGCGGUGACCCGGGAAGGUUUGUGGGGCGGCCUGCCGUGCUCCCCGCCUGCCGGGCGCGGACUACCAAGGCGAGCUCGACCUUCGCGCCGGAGUAGGCCCGGGCUGGUAGACCCCGCCAGACUCCGGAGCCGUCCCGGAGGCGCCCGAACCCGACCGAGGCCUCUGAGACAGGACCCCGAGGGCAGCGCCUGGGCCGGCAGAGCUGUCCUCAGGGCCGCUCCGGUCCCGAGGCUGGGACCGCAGGCAGCUCGGAAAGCGCGCCUGCUUUGCGGGCGGGGCGGCACGGUCAGACAGAACAGAGAGAUGAAGCUGGAAUUGACAUGGACACUCCCUUCCUCCUGUUUAGCCCUCAUAGUGCUAGAAGGUGCUGUGCAGCCUGCUGGGGAUCAGUUAUCAGUAGUCUUCAGCUGUGGGCCCUGCGUGCUACAUUACUGCCAGGUGAGAUGUGCCCAACUGUGUCACAUUGCAAGUCUUACAGGGAUAGCCCAUGGCUUUCUGAUUAGAUUUUCUACAGGAAGGAAUUCACAUCUGGUAUUGUAGACCUAGUUAAAUUUCAUGGCUUGGGAGGUCACAUGCCCUAGUGUGGAAGCUAUAGUUAUUAUUUUGAUAAAUGGACUUGAUAUGCCUGUCAAAUUGCC